CAGGACAGAUCAGGGUCGCUGUGAACGUGUCGUGUGGCCCUGUGGGGCUGCUGUACAGCCCGUGAACGUGCUCAACCACACCAGUCUCGCAGCCGCUCUUCUUAGUGCCGGAGAGGGGGUGCGUUCAGGUGCGCCUCUCUCUGCCGUCGCCCGCGUUUGUUGCCAAGAAGAAAGUCUGUAACAAUGCACACUGUCCCGUUGCGGGCAAUGACAACUGAAUGCAGACUGAGAGCCAGGCUCAGGUUGAAGACAGAUUUUACCUAAGCUUCACCCGAGACACCGCUUCGUUCCUUAGCUCUGGAUAGGGAAAGUCUUAGGGGAAAACUUGACCUGCUACUAGUGACGUGGUGGUCAAGACAGUUGUUCGAACAACGAUUACAUUUCUUUUCUCAGAUGCUGUUCAACUGUACACAGAAAAGCUUUUCAGGCUUGGACUUCUCCUUGAAUGGACUUUCAUGCGAGUAACCAAAAUUCCUCUGUGUCCAGAAACUUAAAUCAUCAGCAAGAAGCAUCAUCACAGCAUCUAUGUAGUUGGGUGCAAAGUCCUUGCCAAAGGUAAUCACAACCGACAUGCAGAGACGAGACCUGUUGCUGUUGGCCUUCUUAGCAGCCGCAGCCUGGAGAGUGGUACCGAAGGUUGUCAGCAAGACUCCGCCUGCCCGAGGGGGAUAAGGAUCUGGAGAGCCUCAUCAGGCAGCUGAACCACUCAGCUCCAAGCCCCCGUCAACUGUGGACGACACUGGUCACAGACCUCCUGACCGCCGCUGGCUGCGAGAGUCGAGUAAAUGGACAGCCCUGUGGUGCCAGACAGCUCUGUGAACAGUUGUCACAACACGCAGUGGCAUCUAUCCACCGCUUGCGCCGGGCACCAGAGGUGAUGGACUUUGUCACCACAGGAUUCGACCCCAAAGUCACUCAGGUGCUUCCCGGGGCUUCAGCGCCGGAAACGAGUGGGGAGGAAACUGACCAACAGGGGCACGUUCCUGACACAAGGCCAACAGACAACGGCCAACAGAAAUACGAUGACCAAGGGAAGUCGGCGCCGGUCAGAGAGCUGUUCUCAGAAACUCUAUUGGACGGGGCUCGCCCAAAGCGAUCGCCAAUCGAGGCGAAAGUCCUGACUAUCUUUAUCUCUACGCAGAUGACAUCCCUCGCGAUCUAGUUCCACGCGAUUACGGCGACGUAGUGGGAGCUGAUGGCGGUUCAGGGCUUUCCGCUCGCUUCCACCCGUUUCCGAGACACAACCAGCAAAGAGGCCACCCCCAGCUGCCUCCCCAUCCCCAGACAUCUUGGUGGUUGCAGCAGGACAUGAUGUCAAACUGGCCCAAUGAACCUGCUGCAGCACCUGGCCUCCAGGAAACACAGGGGCAUCAUGAAAGGAGAAGGAUACACGGCCAGAGACAUGGGUUUGUCAGCCAUCUUGAUCAGAUGUCUACGCAUGCUCAUCCACACUCAGGUAGUGACGUCAGGUCUCAUGGUGCAUUGGAAUCACGAUCUAUGAUGAAACAACAACAACAGCAACAACAACAACAACAACAACAACAACAACCAAUCCAAAAGGAAAAUAAUCGGCGUCGCACUGAUAACAGACAUAAUAAUAAACUUGUGCCUAGAGACCGUAGCGAGGAGAGACAAGAUGGUGAACAGCAUCAUCACAGUCAGCGACCACUAGAACUAACGUCACAAAGCGUUGUUACAGCAAACAACAUGGUUCUUAAGUCUGGUACUUCCCCGUCACCUUUGGAAACUUCUGUUGUCCGAACGACAUGGGCGAGCGAGACGUUUCGAAACGUUGGUCAUCUACAACACGGACAUUCAAACGCUGAGCCUCCAGACUCGGACAACCACCAUUCUCCGAAACAGACGACAACAUGGGUCCCGGCACGUCAUUCGAGCAUGACGUCACCUCCGGUGAAUGGAUCACUGAAACAGCAUCGAGGAUUCUCUUUGCCGUGCUCCACGUGGAGGAGAGCAACUGUCAGAGGUUGUCCAGCGCCGGAUGGACCCUCAGAGAUGGGUGGACGGUGUGUGCCGACCCACGUCACGAAGAGACAAACGGAACGAAAUGGGCGACGACGACGACGACGACGACAACGUUCACAGGGUCAACAACAACAUCGAGAACUCGGUGCAGCGCGCCAUUCAGAACCUGGAGGCCAAGAUGGUGGUCGCCCUGGCUCACUGGAAUCCCGCUCACAUUCUCGGCAAGGUCUGGACGGGUCUCAGCGACGAAGCUUUUCUUCAGCAUCAACAGUGUUUCCACAUCCGGCGAGAGGUGGUCCUCGCCAGAGAGGCGAUGCGUCCUGUCAGUGCGGGUGUGUGUCACCUGGAACUCUGGAAUUUUCUCAAGCGCCUAACCGGCACCGUGCUGUACAAACUUCUCAGAGGUCAGCGACCAGUAACGGAAGACACUCCUUGUCAGAUGGACUUUGUGUCGGACAUGUUUAGCAAGUAUGGCUCCAGGGACCAACCCGGGGGCUGCACGAUGACCCAGUCCAUCUCCUUGAAAGGAAUAGAGAACAUUUUGACUGACGCUCGUAGCUCACCCAGCGACAACAACAUGACAACAACACAAAGUGUCCCCCUCGCCUCUGGCUUGUUGACAGUCAGCCAGAAUUUCUCGGCUCUGGAGAUCGUGGGAUUUGUUUUCCCCAACCACACAGGUGUCUUCAGUGUGCAGCAGUUCUACCAGAUGUGUCCAGUCCUCUUACAGCAGGUGACCAUGGUCCGACACCCCGUUGGUCCGACAGCCCAUGUUAGACGAAAUGAAGCAACAGUCUCUCUUCCCGAUCUGAAGAAGGUGACCGUUAUUGAAGCCACGGGAAUUCAGUCCUACGGCCUGGGCACGGUGUCGGUGGCCGUCAUCACCCUCUGCUCCUUCGUUGGCGCCGUGCUGGUGCGCGUGUGUCGUGGCCUCGGACACCACUACGCCAUGGCCGCCAUGUUGGCGCUGGCUUUCGGGAACCUGUGUGGGGACGCAGUUCUGCACCUCCUACCAAAGGCUCUAGAGUCUCACGACAGCGGCAGAAGCGCCUACACGCUCCCCGGCAAUAUCCAUGUAGACGUGUCGGUGGUGAAGGGGUUUUGUCUACUCUUCAGUGUCUACAUCUUCUGGCUGCUGGAGCUGUUCACGUCCAGAUACUACAGACACCAACCUCACACCAAGAAAGAUGCUCGCCCAGACACAACUGUGAAGACUAGACACCAAGAUAUAGACCCUAGACACCGGAUCCCAAUGAGUGACAUGCGUGAAGAAAUGGAAAUGACUAUGCAAACAAAUCAAAUGACAGCACCACAGACCAGUUCGUACGAAAUCAUUUCUGCGAGGCCUGUGUAUCCAAGUAAACCCAUCGUCAUGGAGGUGGAAGAGAACGUUGUGACCUCGGUGCACUUGGUGUGGAUGAUAGUGGUUGGUGACGUCAUACACAACCUGGCGGACGGGCUGGCGAUUGGUGCGGCCUUCUCUCACUCCUUGCCGCUCGGCCUGUGCACGUCCUUGGCCGUCGUCUGCCACGAGCUGCCGCAUGAAUUGGGUGACUUUGCAAUCCUCCUGUCCACCGGAAUGCCCAUGAAGCGGGCCCUGCUGCUGAAUGUCCUGACAGGUCUGGCAGCAUUUGUCGGCCUUUACACAGGUGUGGCGCUGGGCUCCGAUCACCUGCAGAGGCAGUGGGUCCUGAUGUCCGUGGCGGGCAUGUUUCUCUAUGUCUCGCUCGCAGACUUGGUUCCGGAACUGGUGCACUACUUCCGUCUCUUCCAGAAUGUCAGGAUGUUCUUGGUGCAGAAUGUGGGCCUGCUCUCAGGUUUCGCUCUGAUGUUUGGUCUCGUUCUCUUGGAAGAUAAAAUGCGCUUCCUGCCAGAGAAGAUCACUGCUCACACAUGAGCAUCAGCAGUUGACCACAAGGUGACAGCUCAGCCAUGCUUACCGAAUACUUCUUGGACAAUUCUUCGACAUGUCAACCAUAUGACGAACAGAACCUGUUGGCCUGGUGCAUUUUCCAAUCCUGGAUUUCAGAAAGUUGUGUUACUCUGUGAGCUGAAAGGUCACCAAGUGUCUUUCUGAUGAUGUGUCUGUUGUUGUUGUGUCUUGAAGCACUUUCUUGCCUCAGACACGAUCAAACAAACUGAAAACCAAACGUCGCCUUGUACCUGCUUAUAACUGACCUUAAACAUGCCCUGCAAGAUAAGAGAGAGAGAUGGAGAGAACUGAUUAAAAACCUGUGAUAGUUAUAAAUUAGAAAACCACUUUUUUUGCCCAUUACAUCAUUCAUUAAAAAAAAAAAUCUUAUUUUCUUAAAAGACUGUUGAUCUUUAUGUCCACGGGGUUCUCUCUCUCUCUCAAUCCUAUUUGUGAAUGCCUAUGCAUUUGCUUUUUAUGUUACGUGAAUGAACCUCUUAAGUGUCUAUUCAUUUAAUUACUUACAUAUAUAUCAAACUGUGUAAAGGCUUGAAAUGAAAGCAUUGUUCGAUAAACCAUCAAAAGCAGAUUAACGACUUGUGGCACUAAAGAGAUUUGAAAGUUGCAAACAGAAAAAGAAAAAAAAACCCACAGCUCACCCACAAGCUAUUUGUUCUGGUUUCAUUUGCCGCGAAUGGCGGCUUUCAGGUUUAGAUUGAGUUGAAAUGUUGCCUACCUGGCGAGCUGUUGAGCUGGCAAUGACUCACAGACUCACACGAUCUUAUCAAACACACAAGUGUAGGGAUCGACUCCCAUGUCGUUACACGGAGUUUGAAAGCUUUCUAUUCGUUGUUUUGUAAUUAUUCUUUCUCACUCUCUCAC